AUGUCCUCCUGUGCGGUGAAGUCCAGAAGCAGGAACCCGUACACAGCGGUGCAGGUGGACCCAGACAGUGACUACAUAACACCCGGAACAUUAGACCUGGAGCAGCUGUUCUGGAGCAGCUCCGGGGCUCAGUAUGCACACGUCAACCAGGUCUGGCCCAGUGUCUACAUCGGGGAUGAGAAAACAGCUCUGGAGCGGCCUGGCCUGAGGGAUCUGGGUAUUACACAUGUCCUUAAUGCAGCAGAGGGAAAGUGGAACAACGUACUGACUGGUGCUGAUUACUACACUGAUGUGGACAUCCAGUACUUUGGUGUGGAGGCUGAUGACAAGCCCACCUUUAAUAUCUCCCAGUACUUCUGCUCUGCAGCCCAGUUCAUCCACGAGGCCCUCAGUCACCCACAAAACAAGGUGCUGGUGCACUGUGUGAUGGGUCGGAGCAGGUCAGCGGCUCUGGUCUUGGCAUACCUGAUGAUGAAACACAGCUUAACUGUGGUGGAUGCUAUUGAGCAUGUGCGGCAGCGACGCUGCGUCCUUCCCAAUCACGGCUUUCUGAAGCAGCUCAGAGCUCUGGACAUCACGUUGCAAGAGGAGAGGCUGAGACAAAAAAGAGAGACACAACACCAAUAG